AUGUGGACACCAAAUAAAAUUUUCAGUAGAGAAAGAAAUCAACCAGGUUCAUUAUGGUCAUUAUUAAUGUCAUUGGCAACUUUUAUAUUAUUAUGUUGUGCAAUUGGAGGACUUUGUUCUAAGAUUUAUACAAUUAAGAAUGUUUAUAUUGCAGAAUUAGAAUUUAAAAAUGCUAAAUGGAAUAAUAUCUUACCAUCAAGUUAUUCAAAUUCAAAUACAGAAAAUGGAUUUGGUGGUUCAAUAUCAUUAAGAAGAUUAAAUCAUUGGAAUAAUAUGAGAGGAGUACCAAAUCAAAAUGCUGAAUUUAGUGCAUUGAAUAGAUAUACUGUUGGCUAUAAACAUUCAAUGAGUUGCAAAUAUGUUAUCUAUAAGGAUUUAGUUGAUGGUGGUGAAAGUGGUUCAAACUUUAAAGAAGAUGAUAUUAGACUACCAAAAGGUGCACAAAUUUCCCGAAUCAAUAGAAAUGCUAUAUUGUUUUUAACUUUAUUUGCAUGUAUUUUCAAUGGGAUUGGUGUAUUAGCACAAUUAUUAAAAGUUCCAUUCCAUUUUGUUCCCAAGAUUGCAGCUAUUUUCUUUUUAUUUAUUGCAAAUAUUAUGGUUCAUGUGUUAGCUAAAAGAAUGGCUAAUUCAUUUAAUAAUAAUUAUAGUGAUUAUGGAAUUGGAGCAGAUUUAGGUACAAGAUAUUUAACAAUGGUUUGGUUUGCAUUUGGAUUUUUAAUUGCUUCAGUAGCAUUUGAUCAUGGAGAUCCAAGAGUUGCAAGACAUUCAAAAGAUUCACAACCAACUUAUAAUCCAGAAGUUGAUCGUAAUAAGAUGGAGAAUACUGGAUAUGGACAUGAUAAUGAUGGAUUUAAUGAAGGUGGUAGUGAUCGAACUGCUUUUGAUAAUAAUGGUGGUCAUAAUACUGGAUAUGGGAAUGUUUAUAAUCAAUAUAAUGCUCCACCAAAUCCACCUGCUUAUAAUGUUUAA